GGCAUACGGUUUGCCACGUGAAAAAACACAAAUCUCAUCACUUUCAUUAGAACACAACUCAAAAAUUAAUAUGGCUGACAACAUUGCCAAAAAAAAAAAACACUCAACAAUGGCUGACAACAAAACGGUGUGUUUUGGUCUUCUUGGUUGCAUCAAAUACGCAUCAAAGAUCGUCAGAACAGUAACACAAUCCUCAAACGCCGUCAUCAUUGCCAUCAGUGAUCCAUCUCUCGAAACCGCAAAAACAUUCGCCGCCGCCAACAAUUUAUCGCCGGAGAACGUCACUAUAUACGGAAGCUACCAAGAACUGCUCAACGAUGCAAACGUCGACGCAGUCUACUUGGCGAUGCCGGUAACGCAGCGAGGGAAAUGGGCAGUGACAGCGGCGGAGAAGAAGAAGCAUGUUUUUGUUGAGAAACCACCGGCUCAAGACGCGACGGAGCUGGACAAGAUUUUGGACGCGUGUGAAUGUAACGGUGUUCAGUUUAUGGACGGUACGGUUUGGUUGCAUCAUCAACGGACGGCUAAGAUUAAAGAAACGAUGUUUGAUUCUGGAUUGCUUGGAGAUGUUCGCCACAUGUAUAGUACAAUGACAACUCCGGUAUCAGAGCAACUGACUAAAGAAGCUAUGGGUUUAGCCGGAGCUAUUGGAGAGCUUGGGUACCCCAUAGGUGCAGUUCUAUGGGCUAUGUCUUACCAAAUGCCAAUAUUUGUCAGGGCUCUUCCCUCCUCUGUUUGCACAAACUCAACUGGGACUAUCAUGUCCUGCUCUGCCUCCCUUCAGUUUGGUACAACCGCAACCGCAAUCGUCCAUUGCUCUUUCCUCUCUCAACUUUCGACUGACCUAGCUAUCUCAGGGUCAAAAGGUUCGUUUCAGAUGAAUGACUAUGUGAUACCUUACAAGGAGGACACAGCUUGGUUCGAGUACACAAGUGGUGCUAAGUUCGUGGACAUGCACAUUGGUUGGAACGUAAUGCCAAAGAGGGUUACCUUUGAUUGUGGCGGAACUGGGGAGUCUCAAGAAGCAAUGAUGCUGAGAGAGUUCACGCGGCUUGUUGAAGGAAUCAAGCGGGGAGAAUCAGAGGCUGAUCGUAGGUGGCCAGAGAUCAGUAGGAAGACACAGUUGGUGGUUGAUGCUGUGAAGAAAUCUGUUGAUAUAGGUUGUGAAGUGGUUCAUCUGUAAAUGGUGUCUAGAACUUCUAGUUAGAUUAUAAUAUUUAUAUUAGUGCCAUAUAUAGACCCAUUUAAAUAUGUUAUAUAUGGUAGCUAACUUUUAAAACUCGAAAAUGCUAUGUCUAUGUACUUCAUGAUUUUAUUUGAUACUCCAUAAUAACUUUAUCUUCA